ACCGCCGCCACCGAGAGCGCUGUGUGUGUGUGUGCGAGAGCGAGCGAGCGAGCGAACGAGUGUGCCCGCCAGCCGAAUGGUAGUAGCGGUGCUCAGGCGGCGAGUUAUUUUUUCGGCACUGCAGCAGUAGCGCGAGCGAGGAGUCGAGUCGAGGAAUCUUGCUUGCGCCCCCGAUGGUCCGGUGAGAGAGAGAAAGAGAGCGAGAGAGAGAAAACAGUGUGUCCCGGUGGAGCGGUCGCGCGCGCGGUGGUGCACAUUGUUCUCGCCGACCGAUGAUGAUCAUUAAGUAAAAGGACGAGGAGGCUGCAGCAGCCAGCAGACUCGGCGGACCCGCGGGCGGAACAUGUGAUGUUGCAGCUGCGAGCGGCCCGUCGACGAGUUCAAGCUUGGCUCGGCCCGGACAGAAAGCACCCCAAUGUUUAGUCCCGACUCGAGAUGGUAUUGGCAGAGUAGUGCGGCAAACCUGUCGACGACGACGGAAGUGCAUCUUGCAAAGCAGCAACCCCUUUCGUCUGAGCACUGUGAAGCGACCCGCAGGGUUCCACAAUGCUGGAUAUUUUUCGCGGACUCAAGAACCUUAUCAAGGUCAGUCAUAUCCACAUCGAUUCGUCCAUAUUCCGCCUGCACUACAGCAUCACCGUGAUGAUAUUGCUGGCCUUCAGCUUGAUUGUGACCACUAGACAGUACGUGGGCAAUCCCAUCGAUUGCAUCCACACCAAGGAUAUUCCCGAGGACGUCCUCAACACCUUCUGCUGGAUCCACUCGACCUACACGAUUCCGUCGGCCUUCCUCAAGAUCGUCGGCGAGGAAGUGCCCUACCCGGGGGUGGACAACUCGAGGACCACCUCGCCGUCCGACCGAAAGUACACCAAGUACUACCAGUGGGUCUGCUUCUGUCUGUUCUUCCAGGCGAUCCUUUUCUAUGCGCCCAGAUGGUUGUGGAAAAGCUGGGAAGGCGGGAAGAUCCACGCGUUAAUGAUGGACCUAGACGUGGGGAUAUGCUCAGAAGUGGAGAAGAAACAGAAGAAGAAGUUGUUACUCGACUACCUGUGGGAUAAUCUCAAGAAUCACAACUGGUGGGCAUAUAGGUACUACCUAUGCGAACUACUAGCCUUGCUCAACGUUGUAGGUCAAAUGUUCCUAAUGAACAAAUUCUUCGACGGUGCUUUCCUGACGUUCGGUUUUGAUGUGAUCGCCUUCUUGGACCGUGACCAAGAGGACAGAAUCGACCCCAUGAUAUUCAUCUUCCCGCGAAUGACCAAGUGUACAUUUCACAAGUUCGGAACGUCGGGCGAGGUGGAGCGCCACGAUGCGGUCUGCAUCCUGCCACUCAACGUGGUCAACGAAAAGAUCUACGUCUUCCUUUGGUUCUGGUUCCUCAUCCUCGGGGGCCUGACAGCGUUAGUCGUCAUGUACCGCUGCGUCGUGAUCGUGAGCCCGCGAAUGCGCGUGUACCUCCUGCGCCUCAGGUUUCGCCUCAUCAGGGGCGACGUGCUGGACAUUUUGGUGCGAAAAUCCAAGUUGGGGGACUGGUUUCUGAUCUCAAUGCUUGGCGAGAACGUAGACUCGCUCAUCUUCCGAGAUGUAAUGCACGACUUGGCCGCUAAGCUGAGUGCGGCCAACUCCGGUGUUGGCCUAGGAGGCAGUCUCAGGGGCGAUCCUGGACAGUCUGGACAUCUGAUGCAUCACCAUGGAUCAACCAUAGGGAGAGAUCCGCUUGAUGUAUGACUUGGUGCCUUCCCACCACCCGUGCCUCCACGUUCGGGUAACAAGAAGAAGCAUUUGCAAGUGAAACUGGACUAUUUACUCAAGACUCGUGCCUUAAUCAACAACAACAACAACACCCAACACACGGUACACGUCAUGUUGCCGUGACCCAGCUGCCAAUGUAUAAUUAAUUAAUUGAUUAAUUACCACUGAUUGUUACGAAAAUGGUCAUUCUCAUCAUCGAGUGGAUGGAUAUUGGAGCAUCACAGUUGCGACCACCAAUCGCACGUACCAAACCCCCCGGCCGAUCCGCAAAACAUCUCUCAUCACGAUCGCACCCCCGAAGAAUCCCCAGACCCACCUCGACCCCUCGGCGUGAUUAACCAACAAAAAUUGGACAAAAGUGACAAAAAAAAUAAUUACAAUUCCACGCAAUUGGCCGAAUCCGUUUGAGUUUCCAUUGUUAUCUGUGUAAAUAGUUAAUUUAUGAUUGAACUCGACCCCGAAAUCCCCUUCUUUGACCCGUGCCACGCAUCCACACAUUCACUCAUCGAAUACAAAUGUACAGACUUGCUACUUUAUAUAUAUAUUUCAAAGUUUCGAUGAAAAAAAAAAGAAAACAAUAUUGCCAAAACUCGAUCCAACAUUAACGGAAAUCCUUCUCAAUGUCAGCCACACGUUUCCGACUCAAAAUAGCCAAUAGCAAGCGACACACGCGUACCCACACUUGCACUCUCUCGGUUCCGAUUGUUUCUUUUCACCUUGCGACCGACACACAUCCUCGAGAGAAGAAAUUGAUUUGACGAGUCGAGACAAUGUCCCCAAAGUUGCACCAAGCAGUGUCUUUUCCGCCUCUGACUUUGACAGAGCAAUUUUGGCAAUAAAAUGUGAUAAACUCGUGUUGAGAAGUGGGUUGGGUUGAUGUUGGGUCACACAAGAGAAAACAAUACAAACUAGGCGCCUUACAAUAUUUUUUUCAUCUGCUUUGAUUUUUUAUCUGUAAAAAAAAAAACGUAAGGAGGGGACGCUGGUUUUUAUAUGUAGCGGCAAGUAAAAAAAAACACACACACACACAACACACACGAAAAACCUUUUUCACUCCACGCAGACGGUCCUCUCCGUAUCGCUAGCAUUGAAUAAUUAGCGUAAUUACACUCAACACACACACACGCGCGACACCCACACUCACACACAAACACACACACACAACACAGUUUUAAAAGAUUUCUAUAUAGGCUGCUUCGUCGUAGUGAUUGAAGAAAAUAUUUGGAUACAGUUUUAAACAAACAGAAACCAAUUCCGAAUUUAUAAGAAAAACCACGAAAAAUAAGAGAAAACCAAAAAAGAGUUUUACCACAAAUUAAAUUGAGAUAAAAAAAGAAUUAUAUUGUUAUAUAAAAAUCGUUGUAGGGUGCAAAUAAUCCAAAGUUAUUAUACCAAUUAGGGGUUGCUAUCACCAAUUUCAAUUGAAAGGUAUUAAAAAUGUUAAAAUAAAAUUUACAUAUAGUCAUUAAAAGCAAGCAAAUAUUGGAUUAGAGAAAAGAACGUUCUUGAAAUUUUAUAAAAAUGAUGAUGCUCAAUCAUUUAAUAUUCUCCUUUUUGAACAAUUAUUAUGAUAAAUUGUUACAUGAAGCGCGCGUCUUUUAAUUUCCAGGUAAACCCAAAUGGAGAUGUUAUGAGAAGAUUAUUGCAAAAACACGAAACACACACACACAGACACACAACUCACUUUCACACCACUCUAUUGUAAAAAAAAACGAAAGCAUAAAAAUAAUAAAAAUAGAAAAAAUCUCACUAGAAGAAUUGAUUUAUCCUGUUGUAUAAAUUUACCUUAAGAAAAUCCACAGAGACAAGCACUUAAUUCUACUUAAACCUAAAAUUUUAUCGGCAGCACUUAAAAUAUAUAUUUGAAUACACUCGACACGACCCAAUUCUCAUAAAAUAACACCCACAAACAAGCGACAAGAGAGAGAAAAAAAAACACUCCUCACUCACCGCGAAAAAACGAGCACACAAACACACCACACACGAAACACACACAAGGGGCUUAAAUUAAAAAGAGAUAUGGAAAGUUUAACUUGAAAAUAGGUGAAUUUUUAAAUACCAAAAAUACAUUGCUGAUGAUAAGAUUUUGUAUUGAAAAUUGUUACUGAUUACUUGAAGAUCAUAAUUACUACCGUGUUAGAAUGAAAUAAUUGAAAAAUAGCAUCUUAGGGGUUAUAAAUGAGAGAGAUGAGGAAAACUAGUUUAAGAGAACGAGAAAAAGAGGAUUUAUUACUAAAAGCCAGCCAUAUGCAUGCCUUAUAAAUCAAGCUCAUAUCAAUCUUAGAAGAAGAUUAAGAGAAAAGAUGAUGAACGAACAAUUUUAUACUCAUGGUUAAACACAAGAAAAAUCCUUCAAAAUAGCGAAUUCUCUUCUCUUUCACUCUUAACUUAGUCAUUUUCAUUGUUUUCUACCUCCUCGUUCUAAAAUCCGAAGAAAUCCUCCUCCUCCUCGUCUAUUGGUUCAAAAUGAAAGCUAAAAAAAAAAACAAUAAAAA